AUGCUCUUAUUAAAGGACAGCCUCAGAGGCAGAGCCGAGAUGGCUAUUAAAGGUAUACAACUCGUCCCACAAAACUACAAGUGGAUGAUCGAUGAACUUAAGAAAAAAUUUGGCAUUAAGCCAACGAAUCCAGCUAAAAUUGUUCAAAAACUAGUCGAUAUGCACCGAGCAAACGGUACCGCAGAAAGCUGCAUCACAGCGUAUGACAAAAUUCGAAUGCUUGUUAAUCAACUGGUAUCAGCAGGUCAAGACAUACGCUACAUGCAAGACGCUAUGUGGACCGAAAAAAUUCUAGAUAAAUUCCCCUAUAACAUUGUCGAAAACGCGUUGACAACUAUACAAAACCAAGAAGUACACCAGUGGAAAUAA